GAUGUUGACAUGUAGCAAUGUGUUGUAUUGAGAGAUUACAUAGACUGCACUUAGUGGGGAAUGGGACUCAAUUCCCAGAGUGUUCUGAGCUGAGCUAACUGCAGGUGAACCAAGUCAAAGGGUGAGAUAAUACCAUGAUUCAGAGAAUCAUUCAUAUCAGGAGGUCUUAAAGAUCUUCUAAUCCAGCUUCUCUGAAAUGGAUAGGGAUACCUACUGUUCUCUUAUGAAAUGAGAGAAUCUUUGGACUUGAGAAUGUCCAGGAAGCUCAAGAAUGAGUGAGAGAGGUGAACUGUGGUCAGACUAAUGGGAAAGAAGACAGCAUCUCAAAUGCUGCAGAUUUAGUGAGGAAACAGCAAAGGUGAGCAAUGGGGUCUGUGUACACAAACACAAAAGAAGCAAGUAGGAAAUAAGUUCUGUGAAUUGCUCAGGUGAGGUUUAUAACAUAGGAACAGAAAGAUGGGAGAAGUGUUUCCAAAGUACAUGAAGCAGAGGAAGUGCUGGCAGGAAAACAAAACUGGAAGAAAUAUCUUUCUCAAAGACAGAGUGAUCGAGUCUCUCCUGAAUAGAGCGACAGAGUAGAGAGUGGAUCCUUGCUGAACAACUGUAAUCAUGAAGGCAGUUCUUAUAAUUGUCCUAAUCAUCUUCACUUUGCUGUCUUCAGGGAAAAAGUUUCGAUGGUGCACUCUGUCUGAUCUGGAACAGAGAAAGUGUGCUGAGCUGUCCAAAGCACUAACAGCUGUGCUGCCUGUUACCAACGCAGAUUCAUUUGCCAGGAUUUCUUGCAUCAGAGCCCACAAUACAUAUGACUGCAUUGAUAAAAUCAGAGCAAAUAAAGCAGAUGCUGUUUCCCUGGAUGCAGGAGAUGUUUACUCUGCUGUAAAGCUACAUGGUUUGACUGUUGUGGCAAAGGAGAUCUAUGAACAGGGAAAUUGUGUUUUUGCUGUGGCUGUUGCCAAGCGAGGAACUUUGAAUAUCCAGAGGCUCCGAGGUGUGCGCAGCUGCCACAAUGGGGCCAGAUGGACCUCAGGCUGGAAUAUUCCUUUUGGAUUUCUCCUUGCAAGAAAUGAUCUUUCCUGGGAUGAGGCACAACCCCUGAGCAAAGUAAUCAGUGAGUAUUUCAAUGCAAGUUGCAUCCCUGGAGUUGGUGUUGCUGCUCCUCAGCUGUGUGCUCUCUGCCAAGGACAAAAAUCGUAUGUCAGAGACAAGAACCACUUCUGUGAGGCCAGUAGCAACGAACCCUUCUAUGACUCUGAUGGAGCCCUCAGGUGCUUGAAGGAUGGAGUAGCAGAUGUUGCAUUUUUAGAUCACCUGACAAUUAUGGGAGCUACAGAGUCAGAGCAACAAGAAUACGUACUCUUGUGUCCUGAUGGGACUACAGCUGAGCUGAGCAAAUACAACACCUGUAAUUUGGGCAAGGGGCCUGGCCGUGGCAUCAUCACCCGCCACAACUUCCAAAAGAUCACCAACAAAUUUCUUACCAUGCUCCAACGUCUCUUUGGUCAAGAAGGAAAGGAAAGAGCCAGAUUUGAACUUUUCAAUUCAUCAUCCUUUGGAGGAAAGAACCUUCUCUUUCGAGAUGCCACUCAGCACCUGCAGCUUUUUGAGGAACAGCUAGAAAUUGCAUAUGUCCUUGGUCUGGAUUAUGUAGCUCUCCUUAAGGGACUAGGCCAUGAAGGGAGCUCCUUGGACAACAGUGUUGUGCGCUGGUGCUGCAUCAGCAAUGCUGAGCUUCGCAAAUGUGAGGAGUGGGCACUGAGCAUCAAAUCUGACCCAUUAGUCUGUGUCCAAGCAACUUCCAUGGCAAACUGCAUUGAAAUGAUCAAGAGUAGUGAGGCUGAUGCAGUCAGUCUGGAUGCAACCCAUGUCUACAUUGCGGGGAGGUGUGGAUUGGUGCCUGUUGCUGCAGAAUGUUAUGGGCAGGUUUAUGCUCCAGCUGAUGAGAACUCAGAGGAAAUGAGGAAACUUCAUCGAAAGUGCAAAGGACUGUCACCUGUUUAUGCUGUAGCCCUCGCUAAGAAAAAUGCCAAACAGAUUAACAUCCAUAACCUGAGGGGAAGGCGAUCAUGCCACAGCCACUUGUAUAGUCCUGGAGGAUGGUUACUUCUUUCCAGAUAUACAGUCGGAGCUCAGGAAAAUGUUACCGAAAACUGUGAUAUUGGAUCUGCUUACCAGAAUUUCUUUUGGAAAGGCUGCAUGCCAGGAGCAGAUGGAAACCUGUGCAAAGUGUGCAUUGGAGGCAGUGAGGUGGAAGGAGCUCGAGUAUCCAGCAGAUGUGCUGCUGGUCACGAUGAACACUACUAUGGCAAUAUGGGAGCUCUCAGGUGCUUGGUUGGCAAUCCCAGUGGAAGAAGCUUUGGAGAUGUAGCUUUUCUGGAACACUCAAACCUACUCUGGAACAUAGAGAACCUGGAAAGCUCUGGUUGGGCAAAAGGUUACACAGCUGCUGACUUUGAACUCCUGUGUCCGGAUGGAACACGUGCUGCAGUCACAGAAUGGGCUGCCUGCAACCUUGGUUCCAUUCCUCCCAACACAGUCAUGACUCGACCAGUCACUGUCACUAAAAUCUAUGACUUCCUAAUGAAAUCUCAGGAAUUUCUGGGGACCAAGCUGGAUUCUGAAUUCCAGCUCUUUCACUCACAAAAAUAUGGUGAAAGUGAUCUGCUUUUCAAAGAUGCUACUCAGUCCCUUGUUCCUGCAACUCACAUGAGCUAUCGGGAAAUCCUUGGAGAACCUUUCUUUCAGCUGGCAGAGUCAGUGUUUAAUUGUACACCUGCAGGCAUCUUGGACUUCUGCAGACAGGACACCUGUGCUCAUUGAUCUGACAGCUGCUUUGCAAGGCAAGAGCCGCCACCAAUGUGAGAACAAGGAAAUCAGUCUAGUCCUGCCUGUCUGCAAGGAAACCGUCACCCCCGGCCAUGUAUGCUGAUUAUCUUUUAUCAUAACCUUUGUUUUCUGCAGCAAGUAGAUGUUGUUUAUGGUCAUGUAAUACUGCUCCCGUGUCGUGCCGUUC